UUUUAUCUUCCGCUUCGUCUUUUUACCGUCAUUUUCAUUGACGUGUGCUUAGCUCAGAAGCGUUUUUGAGCGCAAGUGACUGCUCACGAGCGCGAGGAUGUUGUUAGCGUUAGCUGCUUCGUGUUGUUUGAAGGACGGAGCGAAGAUGGCGUCAUCCGACGAUCAGCUGUAUAUCAACGUCACUUCCGGUUCAUCUUGGUCGAAUGCGAAGGCGCCCGAGAGGAAGCGGCCCCACCCCCAAGAGCGGCGGCGCGCCGAGCGGGCCCGGCCGCGGGAGGCGGAGCUCGAGGCCGGAGACCCGCAGGCGAAGCGGCGCAGGACGGACGGCGGCGCGGACAUCAAGACGUCGUCUCUGUUCAAACACAACCCGGACAUCCCCGAAGUUCAAAGAUCGGAAGUUUGUCCGCUAACGGAGAAGAUUUUUACCUCAGAAUCCUUCUCAGACUUGAACCUUCACCCUCACCUGGUGGCAACGCUCAACAAAGUACUUAAUGUGUCCACGCUGACCAGCGUUCAGAAGGAGAGCAUCCCGGCGCUUCUGUCCGGACGAGAUGCCGUCGUCCGAUCCCAGACGGGCUCAGGCAAGACUUUGUCUUUCGCCAUCCCAGUGGUUCAGAGCCUGCAGGCUCUCCAGACCAAAGUCCAGCGCUCGGACGGUCCUCUGGCGCUGGUCAUCGUGCCCACCAGGGAGCUGGCCCAGCAGACCUUCGGCACCUUCCAGAAACUUCUCAAGCCGUUCACGUGGAUCGUUCCCGGAGUUCUGACGGGCGGAGAGAAGAGGAAGUCCGAGAAGGCCAGGCUGCGCAAGGGCAUCAACAUCCUGGUGUCCACGCCGGGACGUCUGGUGGACCACAUCAAACACACCCUCAGCAUCGCCUUCAGCGCCGUACGCUGGCUCGUUCUGGACGAGGCCGACCGGAUUUUGGACUUGGGUUUCGAGAAGGACCUGUCAAUCAUCUUAAACUCUUUGAACGCAACAGGACCACCGAGACAAAAUGUCCUCCUGUCAGCGACACUCACACAAGGCGUGACGCGUCUGGCGGACAUUUGUUUGAAGGAUCCCGUCGCCGUGCGGGUCCGUGACCCCGCCGCGCCCUCCGACCCCGCCGCGCCGGGCCCAUCGGAAAGCUUCGCGCUGCCGACGGGCCUGGAGCAGUUCGUGGUGGUCGUGCCGAGUAAAGUCCGACUGGUUUGUCUGGCGACCUUCGUCCUGCACACUUGUCAGGACAAGAAGGCGUUGGUGUUUGUGUCGACUUGCGAGGAGGUGGACUUCCUGCACUCUCUCUUCUGCGGUGUGCUGUCGGCCGAUCGCUUCCUGCGUCUCCACGGGAACAUGCGUCAGGAGGAGCGCUCUGAGGUUUUCCGGAACUUCUCGAGUCGCGGCUGCGGCGUUCUGCUGUGUACGGAUGUGGCCGCUCGCGGGUUACACCUACCUCAGGUCACAUGGAUAAUACAGUACACGCCUCCGUGCAGCGCGGCGGAGUACGUGCACCGCGUGGGGCGCACUGCGCGCAUGGGCCUGGGGGGCAGCGGCCUCCUCUUCCUCACGCCCGGCGAGUCCGCCUUCGUCGGCGAGCUGGCCGAUCGCAACAUCAGCCUAUCGGAGAUGAAGCUGACGGACAUCCUGGCCGAGCUCGUGAAGGACGACGCCUCCGAGGGGCGGCGCGUGUACCGCGGCCAGGCCUCUCGCGGCGCCCUGGAGCAGGAAAGUCGCGAGCGUGCGACGGCGCUGCAGGCGCACUUCGAGAGCUUCGUCCACGCCGACGCGGCGUCGCUGCGCGACGCCAAAAAAGCGCUGGGGUCGUACCUGAGGUCGUACGCCAGCUACCCGGCCCCCCUCAAGCGCUUCUUCCACAUCCGCGCGCUCCACCUGGGACACGCCGCCAAGAGCUUCGGCCUGAGAGAUGCGCCGCGACGCCUCGCCGCCGCCGCCCAACCCCGACGGCGCAAACCCGGCAGCGGCAAAAACACACCAAACAAGCUGCGUCCGAAGAUUAAGACGACGAACGACGCUGACGAGUUCUCCAGCGGCCUCCGAAACAACAAGAAAAACAAGAAGCGGCAGGAAGAGGCGGAGCUACAGUGACCACAUGACACGAAGACCAACAAAUCUCUCACUCGAAUUUGACAGCAACCUUUUUUUUGGGGGGGGGGGGGGGGGGGGGGGCAGGGGUAACGUUUAAAUGUGAAUAUCAACAAAUUAAACACGCAGCCUCA